AGCUGGCAGUAUACACCUCAUUUGGAUUUUACCACUUCUGAAGUUCCACUCGCUAUAAAACAUAUGUAGCCCGGAUCUUUCCAACUCCAUUCCAUAACUCUUAUGUACACACACAUACAUAUAUACACCUUCCUGCAACUUAAGGGUACACCUGGACAUUCUUCACCAGCUCUCUCUUCUACUUUUCCAACUGGGGUUAGUAUCGACUAACCUCCUUCCAUACUCCUAAAAAUUGCUAGCCUUGUGCCUAAAUUACAAACUAUUAUUUUACCCUGCAUACAUAGUAGGCAGCUACUGCAAAUUAAUGUAAGAAGCAUAGAAACGAUUGAAGGACCAACGUUACUUGAGAUGGGAAGGUGGGUAGGAAACGUCAUUAAGCGAGAACGUAUCGAGAAAAUACGAGACAUUAGCAUUGCUAUCGCUUCCGGUUGCUGUGAUGGCGACGUAUCGUGAUAUUGAUAAGGUGAAAUACCUUUGUGAUUGUGGCAAGAAGCAUCCAAUUUGUUGGCUUUAUCUAUGUCGACAUUGUUUUAAGCUCCGAUGUGGUGACUGUCUUCUACAUGAAGUGGAUUCCCACUUUUGUCCUUGUUGUCUUGAAAAUCUACCUUCAACAGAAGCUAAGCUUCGUAAAAAUCGAUGUGGGAGUUGUUUUGAUUGCCCCAGCUGUGGACAUCUCUUGUCUACUCGAGCUACAAACACUUUUAUUGUCAACCCAGAGGAUCCGACGAAAAACAUCCCGAAAAAGAUGUACUAUUUAGCUUGUGGAUUUUGUCGUUGGACUACCAGAGAUAUUGGUAUUGGUGACAAACCUGUUGCUACGGGAGGUUGGCAAGAUCUGGAAAGCCCGCAUCUUGAUAGAGUUACUAUGCUUUUAGAAUACUAUAAAAAGCUUUCACUGAAAGAGAACUCUGAAAAAGAACGUGAGAAAUUUAUUAAGAGGCGUGGUCAUAUUUAUUAUACCGAUAAAUUUAGUUUGGCGACCGUAGCUCUGAAACGCAAAGCAUUAAACAGUCCUUCGGCAGCCUUACACGAUGAUGACACCACAAUUCUAGAGAUAGAACCUGCCGAAACAGUCACUGAAUUCCCCGAACUUGACGAUGAAAUAUUUGCUACUCCGAUUCAGCUGAACAAAAUUACUACUAUCGACCAAAGACUAUCAUCACCAGAAUUCCAACCAGUACAGGUGAAUAAUAUGUAUCCUAGACACAAGCAUUUACAAGUGAGGAAGUCUGUCAGAUGUAAGAAAUGUGAUCAUAAUCUCAUCAAACCUGACUACAACUCUGCUUCGACCAAAUUUAAAAUUCAAUCAACUGCCAUGUAUCAUGUACCAGAGCUUCGAAUCUCUAACUAUAAUGUAUUUUCUCCAAAGAAAGAGAAAAAAAUUAGCCUGACCUUAUCAAACCCUGCUAUUUACAAUAUGGAUAUUGAAUUUAGUCUUGUCCAAGGCGAAGAUCUGUAUUCAACUGCCAAAGUGGAGCUGCCUAAAAAGAAGAUUGUUUUGGCACGACGUGAUGAAGAUGCAUUAUACGAAGGUAGCAGUUCUCUUGAGAAUGUGUUCGAUGAUGAUCCAGCAGUUAUUGUGUCUCGCAAGCUGAACAAAAUUAUCUUUGUUAUUGGUGUUACACCUGUAAUUUCUGAAGGUGAGGUAAGGGUUGCAUUUGUUAUGCGCCAUACUUAUAAAAACGUUACUCUCGGUCUCCCGAGCGAAAAAGAAGAGGUGCAAACAGUUUGGUUAGAUCAUACAAUUUAUGCUCAACUUGGACAAAUCCAGUAAAAUAAAGGACCAUAUGAACAAACGCCUGAUGAUCUUUGUAUGUUGGUUGUCAUGAAACAAUGUAUAACUAACUUUGACAUCGCAUAGCCUUCAUUAAUAAUGCUAUUUUUUAUGUUGCCAAAAUGUAUAAUUUACCUCCCGUUUUGUAUUCGGUAUACACUAAUGCUUCAUUAAGUGAAGAACGUAAUUAUUGCAAAGGAUUUAGGAUGAAUAAUAAUCGAUAUUAUAAAUACUAAAGGUAAACUGUACGUACGUAGUUCACGUCCCGAUCAAGGGGCUUUUUUUUUGUCUCUUUUGUCUAAAAUGCCUAAGAUAAUCAACACUAUGUUGAUGGGGCUAUAAUUAUGUUAAUAUCAUUAGAAAAAAAGAACAAUUCUUUUUGAAGGAGUUUCGGAUUAUUCUUCCAACUGCCGAUUUGUUUACUUAUGACUUCCAUUAAAAUGCAUGUUUUGAAUUGACAUUUUGCAGAUAUAUGUUUUCGAAAGUGUUGAUUAUCAAGUGUGGAAUUGUCAGACAAUUCAGAAAGAUAAAUAGUGCAAAUUGCUACAGAAAUUGGUGAUAACAAAGGCUAGAGGAAAUGGAGCGGAACAACGAUCUGAAACUUCUAAAUUUUUGUUUAUUCAAAUUUUAUCAGUAGAAUUGUUGUCUACAUCCCCAAAAAUAUAUAUCUGCAAAAUUUCAUUUAAAAAUAUACACUUUUCAGUAUGUGGCGAGGAAACCAAGUGAAGUGGGGGGACCAAUGUGUUGUUACACCUCUUCAUCUUACUGCUUGUUGCCUAUUCUUUAGUUCAUAUAUAAACCUGUUAUAAUAUUCUUAUUAAACUGACAAAUAAUUGCUGUUAAAUGGUUUUGGAUAACUAGUGAGAUACAUCUGCAACUUUAGAAUUACUUAUUGUCAGCUAUACAAUUAUGGUCUUGUGAUUUCGUCCCUUAAUUUAAUUUAGUAAUAUAAUACACACACACACAUAAUAUCUCUAAGUAUGCAAAUAAUACCCUGAUGUAAUUUACUGUGCAUAAUCAUUUGUAUGUAAUGUGGUUUGAAGCAAAAUGAUACUGAAACAUUUGUAAUCAGUAAUCUAACCAAUGCUAUAUUGAUAUCUUCAUCUUCUUCCUCCACUUAUAAUCUGUGCAUACACACACACACACACACAUAUAUAUAUUUAUAUAUUAUGUAUAUAUAGGAAUAGUGAUACUAAUAAUCUGGUAUCAAAACUCAAUAUGCAUAUGCUUCAGAAAAAAGCAUUAGUUGAGUAUAGGGUGUAAUACAUAAAAUAAAGGACAAGAACUUAUAUAAUGAACUUCAUAGCUAAGUACUUUUAUAUCACCUUAUAAUUUCAUUGGAGCUCUGAUGAAGCCAUUAGGUGAUACACAAGCACUCAGCUAUGAAUGUAUUGCAGCUUGUAACAGAAACAACUGUAAACUAAUGAAGUUCAUUACAUAAUUUCUUGUCCCUGUGUCAUUAUAUAUAUAUAUAUAUAUAUAU